GCAAUUAAAAUACCACUUACGAAGCAGUGGUUUGUGACUCGACGGCUAGCGGUUCAGAAGAAGGUACGAACCAGUGCGGGGCAGUAGAAGAAUGAAAUCCUGAUCCCCUAAUAAGUGAGUUUUCUUCACUUUCGCAUACCAAACCACUGUCGGAUUUUUAAAAUUUUUCUCUUCGAACUCUCCAACUCGGUUCCAAAAUGGCGACUUUCGCCCAGUUCACCGAUUCUAUCCCGAUUUUACCGAGUUUACAUCAAAAUCGAACUUGCUUCCGAGUCGGAAGCUAUCGUCUAAGUUAACGAGUUGAUAACCAUGUUUGUAGCCAUAGGCAUUAUGGACAAUGCAGCAUAUCGCAGUUUUCUUCAGGUUCUCCCCCCUGUUGAGUUUGCUUGCGUCUAUGGAUCAUCUCUUCAUCCAUCCAACUGCGAUAAGACUACCAUGACAGAUUAUAUUAUUGGUGUGGCUGAUCCCAAACAGUGGCAUUCUGAGAAUCUUAAAUUGAACAAGCAUCACUAUGCGUCCUGGAUGGUGCACCUUGGUGGGGAGAGACUGAUUACGGGAGUUGCUGAUGAAAUUGGUGUGGGAGUACAUUUCAACCCUUUUGUUAGCUGGAAUGGAAAGCUGUUCAAGUAUGGUGUUGUUCGAAUGCAUGACUUACUUCAAGAUGUACACUAUUGGGAGAAAUUCUACUUGUGCGGUCGUUUACAGAAACCGGUUCAUAUUGUUGUUGAUAAUUUAGAUGUUAACAGCACCAAUUCUGUUAACUUGAGAGCUGCAGUGUCAGCUGCUCUUCUCCUGCUUCCAUCGGAAUUCACAGAGGCAGAUCUGUAUGCCAAAGUAUGUAGUCUCUCGUACAUGGGGGAUGUACGCAUGUUAUUUGCCGAGGAUAAAAACAAGGUGAAGAAGAUCGUUUCUGGGCAGUUUGAUCUAUUCCACUCAAUGUAUAAGCCAUUUCUUGAAGAAUAUGAGGCUAAAAAGUUAUUGAGACUUUCAUCAAUUGCCAACAAUCAAAUACAUAUCUCUCAGGAUUGUGACUUAUCAGUUGAUUAUUCUCUAGUUUCUGCACUUCCUCCGUCAAUCAGAAACCAAAUCAUAAUGAAGGAAGGAGUGAAAGAAAAAUUACGGGAAACUGGAAGGGCCAUAAAUGAUACUCGAAGCAGAGUAAGAGAGGAAGCUGCUAAUUGCUUACAGAGAAUUCUGAGGCGUAGAGUAAUGGUUUCAAGUGCAAGGCAGGCUGUAUCUGGUCUUCUGGCUGUUGGUGCAGUAAAUGCAAGCAGGUACCUUGCUAGAAAGGUUACCAAAGCCUGGAAAUCAUGGAGGUGAUUUUUGAUGUAUUCACAGUCAUAGAGAUGAGAUUUUCUUGCUAACCUUGGAAAGUUUACAUAUAUAGGUUAGUGAUCAUUUUCAGUUCUCAUUUCCUCCUUUUCUAUUCCCUUAUCUUGGAGGUAACCUUUCCUUAAUUCUCUUGUAACAACAUAUACUUAACAACAAAUAUGGGCUGGGUGUUUGAUUUGUCAAUACAUUUUGUAGUUAAAUUUA